GGGAACUCGUAGAUACAUACCUCUCGUGUCAGACAGCUCGUGCUCCGUGUGUCCGCCUGCAUACCGCUGGAUUUUCAUUAAUUCCAAUGGAUUAAUUUGUUUGCAAUUAUUAAGUUAUAUACUGAUAGACAAUAUAUGUAACAAGUAUUGAUGUAUUUUAAAAAGUGUCAUUGUUAAAUAUACAACGUAGAAUUUAUAUCCGAUCAAUUUUAACGUUGGCUACGAAUAAAUUAAUAUUUUUUUGGAGGAAAUGUAAAAAUUCGCUCAAGUUUAAAUAUUGUCAAAAAACGAAGAACGGAAUCACAUACUACUAUGUCCGCUGUUGAAAGCGCGUUGGACGUCCUAUCUAGGGCAGCUACGAUGAUGCAAGAACGUCCAAAAACAACGAGUUUGCAUAGAAAGCCAAGUAGCGCGUGGCGAAAGGAACGUAGGAAGGACCCUAUUCAGAGCGAGGCCCUCGACAUGUCGGCUGCUAGGGUACAUCACAAUCGACCCAGCGUUAUUGUUCCAGCUGCACCUCAACCUGGAACGACGAUUGAAGAUACUGCAGUAACACCAACACCAACAGCAACACCUUCAGCAGCGAUAGGUGGUCAACGAACUGGAAUUAGAAGUUCGGGUAUUGUAAGUGAUCCAGCUAUAGAUGAACAUUUUAAAAGAUCUUUAGGCCUUGAAGAAUAUGCUGCAGUUUUCAAUGGUUCAUCUCUCAACACAGAUAAAGAAACAGGUCUAAGCGUGGAUGAUCAUUUUGCUAAAGCACUUGGUGAAACUUGGACAAGGUUAAAAGCAACUCAUCCAAACAAAGAAUCAACAUAACGUUAUAGAAUAGCAAUAAAGUCAACAUAAAUUAUAAAUGGUUGCUCACUACUAUAUCAUUUUUUUAUGAGUGUCGCAACUCCAUUAGUCGCUAAUUAUUAUAUAUACAUAUAAUAUAAUAUAAAUAAGUAUUUUGGUAAUUCUUACCAGAUGGCUUCCAAGUAGAAAUUUAAAAGAAAACAAUUUGUUUUUUUUUUACUUAUCGUAAUCAUUGGAUUUUAUCUACAAUUAAAACUCAUAAUAUUAUAGUUAAAUAUUUAAAUAUAGUACGGAAGAAAUAAUUGUAAUAAGACAAAAGAUAUGAGAUAUUGUUAAUGAGUUAAUUUUAAUUGUAAAUAAUUUAUUCGGUCAGAAUUAUCACAUCACCACAGUCAUUGCCGUAGGAAAUAUUUUAUUUUAUUAAUUUUAAAUAUUAUUUAUUAUGGGAUUAUCAAUUCCUUAAGCUUUAUUAUUAUCUUAUAUUCACAAUUUUGUGUACAUAUAAGUUUGUUGCUUAACAAAAGUAUAAUUUGUGAAUAUUUUUAAUUAAAUAUGUUAUAUUAUAUAAUUAUCAUUACUCAAAAAUUUAUACGAUUUGAUCAAUUGAAUUGAUGAUAAUGAUUAGUAUUUAUAAAAAUAAAUUAUAUAUUAACUAUA